GAUCACAGUGACAGCAAUGUGUAACAUGGACUUCAGCCGCUUCCCCCUGGACUCUCAGACGUGUUCUCUGGAGCUGGAAAGCUAUGCUUACACUGAUGAAGAUCUGAUGCUGUAUUGGAAAAAUGGGAAUGAAUCUCUGAAAACCGAUGAAAAGAUUUCUUUGUCUCAGUUUUUGAUACAAAAAUUCCACACUACAUCGAGACUGGCUUUCUACAGUAGCACAGGUUGGUACAAUCGCCUCUACAUAAACUUCACUUUACACCGACACAUCUUCUUCUUCUUGCUCCAAACGUACUUCCCCGCCACCCUCAUGGUCAUGUUGUCCUGGGUGUCCUUCUGGAUCGAUCGCCGAGCAGUUCCUGCCAGAGUUUCUUUGGGGAUAACCACCGUGCUGACCAUGUCCACGAUCAUCACUGGGGUGAACGCCUCCAUGCCCCGUGUUUCCUACAUCAAAGCAGUGGACAUUUACCUGUGGGUCAGUUUUGUGUUCGUCUUCCUCUCGGUGCUGGAAUAUGCAGCAGUGAAUUACCUGACUACGGUGCAAGAGCGGAAGGAGAGGAAACUUCGGGAGAGGUUUCCAUGUACGUGUGGAAUACCUCAUUCGAAAACUAUGAUGCUUGAUGGAAACUACAGUGAAUCUGAUGCCAACAGCCUGGCAGGAUAUACAAGAAACCAGAUGGUCCCAGAGGAAGAAAAACAAGAAAAGAUAGUUGUGCACUUAGCUAUGAGCAACGAAUCUAAUCUAUCAAGGAAGAGAGGCCUGAAGGGCCAUGUGGGCUUGCGCAUCAUCCAGAACACUCAUGCAAUUGAUAAAUACUCAAGAUUAAUAUUUCCAGGCACCUAUAUAUUUUUUAAUUUGAUAUAUUGGUCUGUCUUUAGCUAA